AAUUUAGCAAAAUAGUGUCGGAAGAAUGGAAAAAGCUAUCAGAAGAAGAAAAAUCUAAAUGGCAAAGAAAGUACCAUAUUAGUCGAGAUCAACAGUUACAUAAUUCAAUUAAUAAGUGUGCACAAAUAGAGUUGCAAACUUAUCAAAUGGGAGAAAAUGAAAACGCUAAUGCGAAUCAUGUAACUAAUAACAUAUACCAUAAUGAAAAUUCUAUGGAUUACCCAAAAGUAAACGAGGUUAAAUUGCAAAUUAAUCUAUUACAAGGAGCAGUCAUUACCAAUCAAUCCGAAGAAGGUUCGAGUAAGAUCCAUCCCAGUUCUAUAUACUAUAAGUACUACACUUUGUAA